AUGGCUAUAGAAACCAAACAAUCGUUGACGGCUCAAAUAGCCGCCAUACUUUCUCCCGGUAAAAAUGAUACUUCUGACGUGAGAUCUAUGGCUUCAACAAAAUCAGAGUUCAAUCAGAAGUCGGACGCAGAUUUUUCAAUAACUGAAGUAUCCCAAGACCAACUGAUUGUCGAGUUCCAAGAGAAUUCACCUCGAAACCCCCCAAACUGGCCUCUUGGCAGAAAGAUCUUCAAUGCCGUUGUGGCGCUAUUGGUUGUUUUCAAUAGCGGCAUAUCAUCUGCACUUCCAAGCAAUGCAGUUCCCGCAAUCAUGCAGGAGUUCAACCAGUCGGGCGACGAACAAAAAGUCUUACCCACUGCCAUUUUUCUCAUCGGCUAUGUCAUAGGGCCCUUGGUUUUCAGUCCAUUGAGUGAGACUAUUGGUCGUAGACCUGUUCUCUUAUGGUCGUUCACUGUUUUUGUACUCGCUACCCUUGGCUGUGCCCUCGCGCCCAACUGGGCUUCUCUGCUCAUCUUUCGGUUAAUAUGCGGUCUCAUGGGGGCUGCCCCUCAGACUGUCAUUGGUGGUGUGUAUGCAGAUCUGUUCUUCGACAUUCGAACUCGUGGUCGCGCAAUGGUGAUGUACAUGUCGGCUUCAAGUUUAGGUCCAAUUCUGGGUCCCAUCAUCUCCGGAUGCUCAGUCAAGUACGGCUGGCGCUGGACAUUUAGAAUCGAUUUGAUUCUAAUUGGCACCACAUGGCUAGGCCUGCUUUUCUUGUCCGAGACCUUCGGUCCUGUUUUACUGAAGCGACAAGCGGCAAAACUUCGGAAAGAGACGGGCACGAAUCGCUAUAUCUCCCGUGCGGAGCUCAAAUCGGAUGCCACGUUCAGUACCUCGCAAAUAAUCACCCGCCCUAUAACGAUGCUUCUUUUCGAACCAAUCAUCACAUCAACAGCUGUCUAUAUCUCCCUUGCUUAUAGCUUGGUCUUCUUCUACUUCCAGGCCUAUCCCAUCAUCUUCAAGGGUGUCUACGGCUUCACCAUUGAACAAACUGCACUCACAUAUAUCCCUGUCGGUAUUGGCGCCGCAUCUUCCGGCCUUGCGACAUUCUACUACGACACAAUUUACGAAAAAGCCAAGAAGCAGGGCAAAGCCUGGACAGCCAGCCCCGAACUCCACCGACUUCCUUUGUCAUGCAUCGCCGGCCCGUGCUUGACAGCGAGCUUAUUUUGGCUGGCGUGGAGCGCAAGGGCAAAUCUUCACUGGGCAGCUCCGGUACUAUCGGGCCUUGUUUUCGGAUUCGGAUACCAAGUCAUCUUCACUUCUCUUCUGACAUAUGUGACUGACGCGUACAAAAUUUACUCUGCAAGCGCGAUGGCAGCCUCGGUCAUCGUGCGAAGCAUUGCCGGUGCAUUGUUUCCUCUUGCUGCAGGCCCCCUUUAUGAUUCUCUUGGUGUUUCAUGGGGGACCUCGCUUCUUGGCUUCAUUAGCCUGGCUUGUAUCCCCAUUCCAUUUGCUUUGAUGUACUGGGGUCCCUUGAUUCGCGAAAGAAGUUCCUUCUGUCAGCGAUUGCUGUUGGAAGAAAAGCUUCGUGCCAGUGGAUACAGCACUCCGGCUGAAGCAUAA